GUCACCAACGUACGACAUACGUUGCUCUGAGUGAGGACCUCGCGGUGCGUGGUUUGGAAACAGUACGAGGAAUAACUUUGAAACAAUAAUAAAAUUACCCCAGGCAUAAAGUUUCCCAUGCAGAGCUCGACAGCAUGGAGACGGAUCUUUAUGAUGAGUUUGGAAACUAUAUUGGACCAGAGCUGGACUCUGAUGAAGAUGAGGAAGUAGAUGCAGAUGACCGGGAGGCUGAUGAGGCAGAUGAGGAGGAGGAUGAUGAAGACCAGGCUGAGGUUGAUGAGGAGGAUGGUGGCGGUAUGGAGGUGGUUCUGCAUGAGGAUAAAAAGUACUAUCCCACAGCUGAGGAAGUUUAUGGUCCUGAGGUGGAGACUAUCGUCCAAGAAGAAGAUACACAACCAUUGACAGAGCCCAUCAUAAAACCUGUGAAGAUGAAGCGGUUUACUCUGAUGGAGCAAGAGCUUCCCGCCACCGUCUAUGACAUGGAGUUCCUUGCUGAUUUGAUGGACAGCUCAGAACUGAUCAGAAAUGUCACCUUGUGUGGACACUUACACCAUGGCAAGACUUGCUUUGUGGACUGCCUCAUUGAACAGACACAUCCUGAAAUCCGCAAGAGAGAUGACUCUGAUUUACGAUACACAGAUAUCCUCUUCACAGAGCAAGAGAGGGGAGUUGGCAUCAAGAGUACGCCUGUAACCAUGGUUCUGCCUGACUCCCGGGGCAAAUCUUACCUUUUUAACAUAAUGGACACGCCAGGUCAUGUGAAUUUCUCUGAUGAGGUGACAUCAUCAGUCAGACUGUCUGACGGCAUUGUGCUUUUCAUUGAUGCUGCUGAGGGGGUGAUGCUAAACACUGAGCGACUGAUCAAGCAUGCAGUGCAGGAGAAGUUGGCCAUCACUAUCUGUAUUAAUAAAGUGGAUCGUCUGAUCGUGGAGCUCAAGCUGCCCCCUACAGAUGCCUACUACAAACUGCGCCACAUUGUGGAUGAGGUCAACGGCUUGCUGAGCACAUACUCCACUGAUGAGUCUCUGAUUGUGUCUCCCCUGUUGGGGAACGUGUGUUUCGCUUCCUCACAAUACAGCAUCUGCUUCACUCUUGGCUCCUUUGCCAAAAUCUAUUCAGACACCUACGGUGACAUCAACUACAUGGAGUUUGCUAAAAGACUGUGGGGAGACAUUUACUUCAACCCUAAACCGAGGAAAUUCACAAAGAAAGCCCCCAACAGCAACUCUCAGCGCAGCUUUGUUGAGUUCGUACUAGAGCCGCUGUACAAGAUUCUUUCACAGGUGGUGGGGGAUGUGGAUACGUCUCUGCCUCGUGUGUUGGAUGAGCUCGGCAUUCAUCUGACUAAAGAGGAAUUAAAGCUCAACAUCAGACCUCUGCUGCGCCUUGUCUGUAACCGCUUUUUUGGAGAGUUUACAGGCUUUGUGGACAUGUGUGUGCAACACAUACCGUCUCCUCAGGGGGGUGCCAGAGCCAAGAUAGAGCACAGCUACACAGGUGGACUGGACUCAGACCUCGGAGAGACAAUGUCUGAGUGUGAUCCUGAUUUCCAUGCGUUUGGUCGAGUCCUGAGCGGAACCCUGCAGGCGGGCCAGCCGGUGAAGGUUCUGGGAGAGAACUACAGCCUGGAAGAUGAGGAGGACUCACAGAUCUGCACUGUCGGACGCCUGUGGAUUUCUGUCGCUAGGUAUCAGAUUGAAGUGAAUCGUGUCCCUGCUGGUAACUGGGUGUUGAUCGAAGGGUGCGACCAGCCUAUUGUUAAAACGGCCACAAUCACAGAGCCCCGUGGAAAUGAAGAGGCUCAGAUCUUCAGGCCAUUGAAGUUUAACACAGCGUCAGUGAUAAAAAUUGCUGUGGAGCCGGUCAAUCCCUCAGAACUGCCCAAGAUGUUGGAUGGACUCAGAAAAGUCAACAAAAGUUAUCCGUCACUUACAACAAAGGUGGAGGAGUCAGGAGAACAUGUGAUUCUUGGUACAGGUGAGCUGUACCUUGACUGUGUAAUGCACGACCUGCGGAAGAUGUACUCUGAGAUCGAUAUCAAGGUGGCUGAUCCAGUAGUGACCUUCUGUGAGACUGUGGUAGAGACGUCCUCCUUGAAGUGUUUUGCUGAAACGCCCAAUAAAAAGAAUAAGAUUACCAUGAUUGCCGAGCCGUUGGAGAAGGGCCUAGCCGAAGACAUUGAGAACGAGGUGGUGCAGAUCACGUGGAACAGAAAAAAGUUGGGAGAGUUUUUCCAGACGAAGUAUGACUGGGAUUUGCUAGCAGCUCGUUCCAUUUGGGCUUUUGGACCGGACACAACCGGUCCCAACAUUUUAGUAGACGACACUUUGCCCUCUGAGGUAGAUAAAGCUCUUCUUGGCUCAGUGAAGGACAGCAUUGUACAGGGCUUCCAGUGGGGCACACGCGAGGGUCCUUUGUGUGAUGAACCAAUCCGCAACGUGAAGUUUAAGAUCCUGGACGCAGUGAUCGCACAGGAGCCGCUGCACAGAGGAGGAGGACAGGUCAUCCCUACAGCUCGCAGAGUCGUCUACUCUGCCUUCCUGAUGGCCACGCCCAGGCUGAUGGAGCCCUAUUACUUUGUGGAGGUUCAGGCCCCUGCUGACUGCGUUUCUGCUGUGUACACGGUGCUGGCACGCAGGAGAGGUCAUGUGACGCAGGAUGCGCCAAUCCCUGGCUCUCCUCUCUACGCCAUCAAGGCUUUCAUUCCCGCUAUUGACUCGUUUGGCUUUGAAACUGAUCUCCGCACACACACGCAGGGCCAGGCCUUCGCGCUCAGUGUGUUCCACCACUGGCAGAUUGUUCCCGGUGAUCCUUUGGAUAAGAGUAUUGUGAUUCGUCCUCUAGAGCCUCAGCCGGCCCCUCAUCUGGCCAGAGAGUUUAUGAUCAAAACCCGCAGGCGCAAAGGUUUGAGCGAGGACGUCAGUAUCAGCAAGUUCUUCGAUGACCCUAUGUUGUUGGAGCUGGCCAAACAAGAUGUGGUGCUCAACUACCCGAUGUGAUAUGACAAAUGAACUCAACUCAUCCCAUCAUUCCCCUUCAGCUUCACCAGACUUGCCCCUACUACAAAUCAAUCCAGUUCUGUAUGAUGGAAUUAAAAAAUGUCUUUUUUAUAUGUAAAGUGCUAGAAACAUCCACACCGAUUACUGUUGCUGUUGCCGCAGACUUUCCUAAAUUAACCUGCGACCUCCAGGAGCUCCCUUAUAAUUUUGUUCUUUGUUUAUUUUUAUAUUUGACAAGUGUUUUUGUAGUAUAAGAUAAUGUAAAGCACAGGCAAGUCUUUUUGAAAAGUGUCUGAAAUCUCUUUAAAAUCUUACAUCAUUUGUGUAAGUGUGAUUAAAAGGAUUUGGCCUGUGGAUCUAGAGUUUGAGGACAUUAUGGAUGUAUUCUUUGAUAUUGCCGGAAGGACUCUGAUGUGAAGGAGAAGAUGCUUUUGAUAUG